AUGGUCCACGGUAGGUCGUCAUCUGGCUGCGGGGGAGGCCAGAGCAGCCGUGGCGAGAGCUCUAACGGCGGCGGCAGCCGUCGCGAGAAGACCGAGGCCGAGAAGGUGGCCUCCGAUGCCGCGCGCCUCCGCGGCUCCUACCGGUACCUCAACUACUGGAGGAAGCCGCCGCCAGCGUUCUUGCGCCGCGAAUCCGCCCGCGGCCUGGCGCCUCCUCUUCGUGUUGCCCGGCAUCUUAUUCUCGAACCCCCCCGAACCAAGUGGGAAGCGAACCUCCCACCCCCGCGCGCACCCCACCUCCCGUCCCGCGUGCCUCCCACCUCCCGCGCGCGCGUCGCCUCCCACCUCCCACCUCCCGCCCGCGCGCCACGCCCACCACCUUUCGCACGCCCCGGCUACCGCCGCCCACUCCGCCUGCCCGCGCGCCCCGGCGACCGCCGCCACACCACCUGCCGCCCCCUCGGCGACCGCCGCCCCCCACCACUGCCGCGCGCCCGGCGGCCGUCGCGCGCCCCGGCGACCGCCGCCCCCACCACCUACAGCGCGCCUUGA